AUUAGUGCACUGUAAUAACACCAAACUAGCAGAAGAAAAAAUAAGUCGAAAGCAUAAAAAGAUAGACAGGGAGUAGGAAGAAAAAAGGAAAAAAGAGAAAAUAAGAGAUAGCAGGUUUAUGAAAAUAUUUAGAUUCGCCUAUUUCACAGAGAAAUACAUUUGUACGUUGCAAAAGGAGUAAAUAAAAAAGACGGAAAAAUGCGUUCAGACGCAGUGAUCUUCUUUUGUUUCUUUUCGGUUUUUAUUUAUUCCAUUUAAGUACAAAUGUUUUUUUUUUUCUUUAACAACGUUUUCCAAUUAGCUGUAUUUAAACAUAUUCUUAAGACUUUGCACCGUCAUACCAUGCCAGUAUUGAACUAUUGUUCAAACGACCUGUUAAAUAUUUCAUCAGUCCUAUUGAUCGCGGAAUAACUUUACCCAGAAGUCAUAAAGCGCUUCCUAGAAUCGCAAUGGCAGCGCUUAAUAGUUUCACCGAUGAAUUAGAAUCACAGUUAACAUGUGUUAUCUGUAAUGAAAUCCUGACUGAGCCAAAGACACUGCCAUGCUUGCAUACGUUCUGCUAUAAAUGUAUCGAAAGUUGGAACCAGACUUGCCAAAAACAAAUGAAGACGCUAAGAUGUCCAACUUGUAGAGCAGAAGUAAACGUGGACGGCGAAGACGUCACCAAACUUCCUUCGUCCUUUACGUACAAUUCGCUUCUUCAGCUAUUCAACUUCAUGAAGAUAAAAACUGACGAAUGUAACCAGCAACAGCUUCCAGAAUGUGUAAGCUGCCUGGAACGAAGCGUAUUGGUUGGAUUUUGCCCUCAAUGCGAAGGAAUGAUUUGUGAUGAAUGUAUCAACAACCACAAGACAAUAAACCCAUUGAAAAGAACCCAUGACGCAACGCUGUGGAGCGAAUUUAAGAUGCGAAAUGUGAACAGCUACAUCAGCAACCAAGCAUUUUGUAAAGAAAAAUUUCACCAGAAAUGUCACCUUGAUUAUCAUUGCCAAACUUGCAGAAAGUGCAUUUGCCAAAAAUGUGCAGCAACCGCACACAGCAGCCAUGAGAAGAUCAGCGUCGAAGAGGCUGCUGAAAAUGCCAAAAAGCUCAUCAGAAAAGACAAAGAAGAACUAAAUGGAUUGCUCAUCAAAUACAUGAAAGAGUUUGAAUUGUCAAAUAAAAAUAUGAGAAGGAUUCAAAGCGAGGUUGAUGCAGCAAAGACAAAUAUACGCAAGAACACACAAGCUCUGAUAAAGACUCUACAAGACCAAGAAGACGCUUUGAUUUCUAACUUAGAAGCUAUCGUUGUGGAACAAACAAUAGCAAAUGAAGAGGAGAAAAAUGAGAUCGAAGCUAAAAUCGAACAGGUCACUGAACUGAAGAAUCAGUGUGAAAAAAUGGAAGAUGAAUACCUCCAAUUUAUAUUAGAUAGCUUUGAAAAUCUACGAGACGUUUGUAAAACUACAUUGCAAAACAAAUCUAUCUUAUCAACCCAACCAGUCAAGCGAAACUUAACCGUGCGUUACAUUCCAAACCCGGAAGUCAACAUCGUUAUGCAAAACGUAAAUGUCGGCAAGUUAGUGGAAAGCGUGACAGACCCGUCACGUUGUUCUAUGGAAUUUGUAAGUAACGCCAGAUGCGGUUUUAUCAAUUGGUUUCUCAUCGUUACAAGAGAUUCUGAAGGGAAUGUGUGCUAUACCAGUAAAGACUCCAUUGAUGUACAAAUCCAAGAUGGCGAUAAAAACGACGUGCAGAAAGAACUAAUUGAAACUGAAACUGGAAAAUUUCAAGUGAAGUAUGAAGCAGAGAAACCUUCACCGUACAAAAUAGUGGUGAGAAUCGGAGGAAAAGAGAUCAAAAACUCACCGCAGAACAUUGAUGCAGUCGAUGCUAAAGCAGAGUUUAAACCAUUGAGGGUAAUCGAUGUCAAGGAGAUUUCCAGGCCGAUUUCACUUAGUCUAAGUGAGAGGGGAGACAUAGCUGUGCUUAAUAAUGAUCACAAUAAAACGGAAUUCCGCGUUGUAUUGUUCAAUGCUGAUGGAGAGUAUUUACGAACGAUUGGUGGUGUAGGAUCAGGAGACGGUCAGCUGAGCAACCCACAUGCAGUAGUCUUCAGUGAAGACAAAAUAUUGGUCAGCGAUAAUCCACACAAUGGCGGCUGUAUUAAGGAGUUUGACAUCGACGGCACCUACAAAAGAACCUUUUGCAAACAACCUAAAAGGGUGUAUCUAACCGCAAUGUGCACAGCUAAUGAAAUGAUCGCAUGUUUGAGGUAUAAUAGUAGUACUAAAGAGACAUGUAUAAAACUAAUUGAUAAAGACAAUUGUGAUCAACUUCAUGACAUUAGACUGAACGUCCCUAAUGAUCGUCAUAAGCAGCCACUAUUUAUGACCUAUGAUAACAAGAAGUUCUUUUUAUCGUUUAUGGGCCGGCAAACCGUAUAUGUUUUCGAUGACAAUGGCAGGCUGUUGUCUAUAUUUGGAAAGCAAGGUAACCAAGAAGGUCAGUUUGAUGCUGUUCGUGGACUUACCGUGUUUGGUGAAGACAUGCUCCUUGUCUGUGAUCUAAAUAAUCAGCGCGUGCAAGUCUUUAAUCAGGACGGUGAUUUCAUAAGUUCCUUUGGUAGUUAUGGUUCAGGUCUUGGUCAGAUGAAUGGUCCUUUCGAUGUUACUGUUCAAGGUGGAAGAGUAUUUGUGCUUGAACGUGAUGGCAAGCGAGUGCAAGUUUGGAGCUGAGAUCUGAUGAUUUUCAUGCACUUCAUAGAUAGAAGCUUUAUCGACGAAACAACUACUAACUAUUCAACGCUCAAUUGUACAUAAUUGUAUUGACCUAUAGUAACUGUACCUUUGUAUUCUUUGUACUUUAAUAACUAGAAACAAAACCUCUUUCUCUGGCAAUUUAAUACAGUUUAAGAAUCUAAUUCAUCA